AUGCGGGAGGUGGCGUUGUUGACUUCUUCGGCGGGAGAUGGGCUGGCCACUGUGGUCGAUGUCCUCACGGGCACGCAGCUCUCGAGCCUCAAGCACUGCUCCUCGCAGCCCGGCUCCACGGCUUUGAUCGCUGGAGACUUCGUUGUCAGCGCACAGGUGAAGGGGACGGCGGUGCACUUCUGGGCCUGGGGAACCGAACAGCCGAGGCUCAAGUGUCACGCGCCGGAGAAGCUCGGUCCCCUUGCCGUGACCGGGGACGGGUGGCUGUGUGCGGGCGGGGGAGUCUCGGGACGCGUCUACCUGUGGGAGGUGUCCAGCGGGACUCUCCUUCGCGCGUGGGACGCCCACUACAAGGCGGUGUCGGCGCUGGCGUUCAGCCCGGACGGCUGCUUCCUCUACUCGGGUGGGGAGGACGCGAUGGUCUCAUCGUGGAACAUGCUCGCAGCCGUCGACCCCGACGGGGGGGAAGCCUUCAAGGGCGGCGGUGGCGGCGGGAAGUCGUCGCUGCCGGCGACCUGGACCUCCUCCGAGCACUCCCUCCCCGUCACCUGCCUACACGCGGCCAAGGCCGGUGGCAGGGUCUACUCGUGCUCCCUCGACCGUACCGCGAAGGCCUGGGACUCGUGCUCCGGGCGGCUGCUCCUGUCCGUGACGUGCCCCGCCUUCCUCAAGGCGGUCGCCGCGGACCCCGCCGAGGCGUUCUUGUUCGCCGGGGGAGGGGGCGGGACGAUCUUCCAGCUGGAUAUCAGCGCUACAGCAGUUGCGGCGACGGCUUCGAACGCCGCGGUUGCGUCUUCAGGGGGACUGCAGAUCGAAGAAGAGGCAGAUAGCGAAGAACAUGAUCCGUCGUGGGGGCUACGGUUACCCGAAGCAAGCUUCGGCGGUGGAGGCAGCGGGGCCGACGGGGGGGGUCUGCAGGAGUUGCAUGGACACGAGAAGGCGGUGACGAGCCUGUCGGUUACGGCGGACUCGUCGGUGUUGGUGUCGUCGUCGGAGGACGGGACUGUCAGGUCUUGGCACGUGGCCAGCCGACAGUGCGUGCAGAAGACAGAGGGGGUCGUCGGGGGGAAAGGGGAGACUGGAGGCUCGGCCCCGACGUUAGGAGUUCGGGCAGCCCUGGAGGCAAUACAGGGGCGAGGGUUAGGGAUGCAGUCCAGUAGGGGGGGCGACGGAGCGGCAGCUGGCGAGGGGAGGGGGGAAGGAGAGGAAGGGGAGAGGGCCGCCAAGGUUGCGAAGUUGGAGGGGGAGAUCGAGCGAUUGCGCAGCGAGAACCUUCGAUGGCAGCAGGUCAACAACACCCUGUUCCAGAAGCUUGGUGCGGCGAAUAAAACGGCGUAG